AUAGAGUUAAGAGCGGGUGAGAGGAGAGGAGAGGGCUUCUAAAAGGGUUUCUUCUGAUCAGUGUUCGAGUUCAUAGUCCCAUCGAAGAUGUUCAUUGAAAGCUUCAAGGUUGACAGCCCUAACGUUAAGUACACCGAGAAUGAGAUCCAUUCUGUGUACAGCUAUGAGACUACUGAGCUCGUUCACGAGAACAGGAACGGUACCUAUCAAUGGAUCGUCAAGCCUAAGACCGUUCAAUACGAUUUCAAAACUGAUACUCGUGUUCCUAAGCUAGGGGUAAUGCUUGUGGGUUGGGGAGGAAACAAUGGUUCAACUCUUACUGGUGCUGCCAUUGCUAAUCGGGAAGGAAUCUCGUGGGCUACCAAAGACAAAGUACAGCAAUCCAACUACUUCGGCUCACUCACCCAAGCUUCAACCAUUCGAGUUGGAUCUUUUAACGGGGAAGAGAUUUAUGCUCCUUUCAAGAGCUUGCUUCCCAUGGUGAACCCUGAUGAUAUUGUUUUUGGGGGUUGGGACAUAAGCGACAUGAACCUGGGGGAUGCGAUGGCCAGGGCUAAGGUGUUUGACAUCGAUCUGCAGAGGCAAUUGAGGCCUUACAUGGAAUCCAUGGUCCCACUUCCCGGAAUUUAUGACCCUGAUUUCAUAGCUGCCAAUCAAGGCUCCCGUGCCAACAAUGUUGUCAAGGGUACCAAGAAAGAGCAGGUUCAACAAAUCAUGAAGGAUAUCAGGGACUUUAAGGAAGCUAAUAAGGUGGAGAAGGUGGUGGUUCUUUGGACUGCGAACACAGAGAGAUACAGCAAUGUAGUUGUGGGGUUAAAUGAUACCAUGGAGAACUUGCUAUCUGCGUUAGAGAAGAACGAGGAGGAGAUGUCUCCAUCCACCUUGUAUGCAAUGGCAUGUGUCCUUGAGAACAUUCCUUUCAUCAAUGGAAGUCCACAGAACACCUUCGUUCCAGGGUUGAUUGAUUUGGCCAUAAGGAGAAACAGUUUCAUCGGUGGAGACGACUUCAAGAGUGGCCAAACCAAGAUGAAAUCUGUCCUGGUCGAUUUUCUUGUGGGAGCUGGAAUCAAGCCAACGUCAAUAGUGAGUUACAACCAUCUGGGCAACAACGACGGCAUGAAUCUCUCGGCACCACAGACCUUCAGAUCGAAGGAGAUCUCAAAGAGCAAUGUAGUGGAUGAUAUGGUGUCCAGUAAUGGCAUUCUCUAUGAGCCAAACGAGCACCCUGAUCACGUUAUCGUGAUCAAGUAUGUGCCAUACGUUGGAGACAGCAAGAGGGCGAUGGACGAGUACACAUCGGAGAUAUUCAUGGGAGGGAAGAGCACCAUCGUUCUCCAUAACACGUGUGAAGACUCCUUGUUGGCUGCUCCUAUCAUCUUGGACUUGGUCCUCCUGGCCGAGCUCAGUUCUCGGAUCCUACUCAAAGCAGAGGGAGAGGGCAAGUUCCACUCUUUCCACCCUGUGGCCACUAUUCUGAGCUACCUCACAAAGGCUCCACUGGUGCCCCCUGGUACUCCAGUGGUGAAUGCACUGUCGAAGCAGAGGGCAAUGCUUGAGAACAUAUUGAAGGCUUGUAUUGGUUUGGCUCCAGAGAACAACAUGAUCUUGGAAUACAAGUGAAGUGAGAAGACCAUUGAAGACCAUCAGAACUCAAAAGCCCGCCCCCCCUUGUUUUGUCUGUUUCACUCUUCUUUUCUUUUUUUUGUUCAUUUUCAGCUUAAAGAAAUGUUAAGUAGAAAAUUCAAUGUAUGAGGAA